AUGGCUGAUGCGGUAGUCCAGCUGCAUUGCGGCGUCAAGAAUGACGGCUGGGGUAAGAAGGGCAAACAGUCAAUGGCUGCCCAUCUCUGGUCCAAGACACCUGGGAAAGACACCCAGGUGGACGAAUCCCAAUACUAUUCCGAGAUGUGGAUGGGCACUUAUCCGUCAAAUCCCUCCCACUUGGUAUCGACCGGGGAGCCACUUGCCGACUACAUUAAAAAGAACCCCCAGUUGAUGGGCAAGUCGGUUCUAGAUCGAUACGGGGCGGAGAUUCCAUUCCUACCUAAGAUCCUCUCCAUCGCGAAGGCCCUGCCCCUCCAGAUCCACCCCGACUUGAAACUCGCCGAGAAACUCCAUAAGCAAGACCCGAAGAAGUUCGGAGAUACCAACCACAAGCCCGAGAUUGCUGUUGCUCUCUCCAACUUUGAACUGUUCGCGGGAUGGAAGCCCCUCCAGGACAUUGAAGCUCUCUUCAAGCUGAAGCCGCUGGAGCAGUUUGUUCCCAAAACCGACAAAUUCGAUGAUGAGACUCUUCGACGAGUGUGCAUCAAUCUACUUAGCGCUUCCGCUGAUAACGUCGAAAGUAUCGUCAAAGAACUCCAGACCCUACCGGAGUCCCAAUUUGGCGCCGAUACAUACAUCCCCGGUCUAUUGGAUCGCCUGAGCAAGCAAUACUCCGUCGGUGACAACGGUAAUUUGGUCGCCACCCUGUUGAUGAACUAUCUUACCCUGGGACCUGGUGACUCGGUCUACGUCCCCGCAGACAGUAUCCAUGCCUACCUUUCAGGUGAUAUUGUUGAAUGCAUGGCGCGAUCCGACAACGUGAUCAACACCGGAUUCUGUCCCGUGGCGGAGCGUGAUAGCGUCGAGCUCUUCGGCCAGGCCCUGACUUUUAGCCCGCAUGAUGCGCAGAGCGCGCUCUUGCCCCGGAAAAAGAGCGACAAGGGCCUUCAGGGACGGACCGAUGUCUAUGCGCCCCCGAUCAGUGAAUUUUCCGUGCUGGUCACGACCCUGGGUGCUGGCGAGACGGAGACGCAUCAGGCGAUCUUGGGACCGAGCUUGAUGGUAGUCACCAAAGGCUGUGGGUCCAUGAAGAUCCCCGGCGAUCAAAACGUUGAGUUGAAGGAGGGCUUUGUGUUCUUUGUCGGUCAGGGUGUGGCGCUGGACUUUACGACCGAGAAAGGUAUGGCGGUUUAUCGUGCGUAUGCGGAGUAA